AUGUCAUCAGUUGCAAAGAGUGCUACCACCAAGGUAAACUGGGCCAAGAUCACUUCCACGUUAGGUUUAACCGGAAACACAGCAUCCUCAUUAACCGCUUUCAAGAAGAGAAAUGAAGAAGCUAGAAAGGAAAACUUAAGUUUGUCACAACAAUCAACCGAAGUUGACUUCAACCACUAUAGAUCUGUUUUAAGCAACAGCAAGGUUAUUGAUGAAAUCGAAAAGGCCGUUAGUGCAUUCAAGCCAGUCACCUACGAUGUUUCCAAGACCUUAAAGACCAUUGACAUGUUUGAACAAAAGGCCGUUGAAAACGCCAAAUUGACCGAAAAGUCUGUUUUGGACGAAGUCAAGCAAUUACAAGAAACCUUGAAGGAUAUUGAAGGUGCUAGACCAUUCGACCAAUUGACCGUUGAUGACGUUGCCAAGGCUAGACCAGACUUGGACGAAAAGGUCACCUACAUGGUUAAGAACAGUAAGUGGGAAGUUCCAACCUACAAGGAAAAGUUCGGUGACUUGACUGUUAUGUAA